GGGCAAAUGGGAAGCUGGAUUUGGGGAAGGGUAUUAGGCAAGAAUAAGACAAGCCGGUCUUGUCUUCAUUUUAAUGGUGAAUGUAGAGUACUUCUACCUGUUCACAUUCAUUACGCCCGUCGAUCCUCACAAUGACUCUGCGGUAUAGUAGAGACUUAAUACCAUUUUGCAUGUGAGGAAACAGAAACUUGUUCCGGGUUUCCGAGGAAAACACCUCCACCUGAAGCCGGAGAGAGAAAGAACUGGGUCUCCAGGCCUUGCUCAAGCAAAUCCAGCCACGUGGCAAAGGGAAAGGGGAGGGCCUGGCGUCAGGUUACCAGGCAGCGCCCCUCUGCUCGGCCCACUGGCACGCGCUCCCGGCAACGAGUAUAAAAGCUCGGGCCGGCUGUCCUUGAACACUGGUGCUGAACCCUGCCGCGCGCGCUUUGAAUUUCCCAACGGCUAAGCGCCUCUCCUGGUCGGUGUCCCAGGCAGAAAGGUGCAGAGACCCACCUGACUCAGGACUUCAGGCAGACAAGCUCCAGCAGAGUGUGGCCAGAUGUGGUGCCUGGAGCGACUCCGCUUCGGUCCAGAGUGCCUUCGGCGGAGCGGAGACAGGCUUCUCUCGGGUCCGGCGCGCAGAGCCAAGUCUCGUACCACCGCCGCGUGCGCAAACGUGCUCACUCCGGACCGCAUCCCCGAGUUCUGCAUCCCACCGCGGCUCGUGCCCCGCCUGGCCUUGGCUGCAUUCCGGAAUUCUUGGGUCGAAGAAGCAGAGAUGGACGAGGGCGCCGGCCGCACGGACUGGGACCCACGCUCGCAGGCCGCGUUGUCGCUGCCGCACCUGCCCCGUGUACGCACCGCCUAUGGCUUCUGCGUGCUACUCGAGAGCCCGCACACGCGCCGCAAGGAGUCGCUCCUGCUUGGGGACGCGCCCGCGCCCCGACCCCGGGCCCACACCUACGGCGUCGGCGACGGCCCGGAUGCCCUCCUGGGGACCCUGAGCUUCCCGCGAGCUCAGGGCCCGGCCACCCCCGCGGCCCCCGGCGGUCCCCGCCCGCCCCAAGACGCGCUCGCCCCGCGGCCCCGCGGCUGCCGCCUCUUGCGUGUCCCCGACGGGCUGCUGAGCCGCGCGCUGCGGGCCAGGAGGAGUCGCCCGCUGGCCCGCGCCCGCUCCGUCUCCAGCGGGAACGAGGACGAGGAGCGCCGCGCGGGCUCCCAGUCCCCGGCCCGGGCCCCCUCCGCGAGCCCGCCUUCGUCCCGGCUUCCGUUUCCCGAGCGCCUGGAGGCCGAAGGUACCGUGGCUCUGGGACGCGCCGGCGACGCCCUGCGCCUGGCCGCCGAGUACUGUCCGGGAACCGGUCGCCUCCGUCUCCGGCUGCUCCGCGCCGAGGGCCUGGCGGGAGGCGCCCCCGGGUCCCGCGCCAUCCGCUGCCGCCUCAGCCUCGUCCUGCGGCCGCCGGGCACCGCGCGUCGGCAAUGCAGCAUUGAGGUGGGGCGCAGCCACAAGGCCUCUUUUGACCAGGACUUCUGCUUCGACGGCCUCUCGGAGGACGAGGUGCGCCGCCUGGCUAUUCGCGUCAAGGCCUGGGACGAGGGCCGCGGCCGGGAGCGGGGCCGCCUGCUAGGCCAGGGUGAGCUGUCCCUGGGCGCCCUCCUGCUGCUCUGAGGGCCCAGCCCUCCCCGGGGCGCUCUGCCAGGGGACUCCGGACACUGACAGCCGCGUGGUACAAAAUAAACGUGUAUUUGUUGUUCUCAUCAGGCCUGUUUCAGUCCAACACUGGCAGAGAUGAUUAUAGAUUAACUAUCCCAGUAAAAGAUACGAUAUUUUCCAUAGAUAUCUCCAGAA